GGACCUGUGCUCAGUGGGGGGAUGGUUUGGAGUGGGCAUCCAGGCCGAUCCUUUAUGGGCUCUCGGGAUCAUGUACACUGUGGGCCCUUCAGAUGCACAGAUGAGCCUGCUUGUUCUCAGGUUUCAACCCAGACCUGUGCACAGGAACUGCUUUCUGGGACAUCAGCACCUCUGGAUCCAGCGAAGGAAGCAACAUAUCUUCAGCCUCAACCCAUGGAGAUCCAGGACCCUCAACACCAACAAGACUGUGAUGAUGUGAUCGGAAUUGAGAAAGAAGAACUGAUUCAAAAGCAGAAGUUUACUAUAGAUAUGGAGUCUCCCAAAAAGUCUUCUGGCCAAAUGAAUGGAAAAGCCCCUGAAUGUGGAGAAACCCAAGAACAUGAAGGAGGGACACAAAGAUAUCAGAGAAACACUUCAGCUGAGAGAAGAUAUAAGUGUGAUGAAUGUGGGAGAAGAUUCACUCAAAACUCAAGCCUCAUUAGACGUAAAAGAAUCCACACUGGAGAAAGACCCUAUUCAUGUAACGUGUGUGGCAAAACUUACAUCCAGAGCUCACAGCUUAUUGACCAUCAGAGACUACAUAACCAGUUAAAACCCUAUCAGUGUGAUGAGUGUGGAAAAGCCUUUUAUUACAGUUCACACCUUGUUCAGCAUCAGAGGACCCACACUGGAGAAAAACCGUUCCAAUGCAAUGAGUGUGGGAAAGCUUUUCACUACAGCUCAGGCCUUGUCCGACACCAAAGGACCCACACAGGAGAGAAGCCGUACCAGUGUGGUGACUGUGGGAAGGCUUUCUGUCUGAGCUCACAUCUGAUUCAGCAUCAGAGAGUCCAUACCGGAGAGAAGCCAUACCAGUGCAGUGAGUGUGGGAAAAGCUUCAGCCAAAGCUCGGGCCUCUUCUAUCACCAGAGAAUCCACAGUGGGGAGAAACCCUACAAGUGUGACAAGUGUGGGAAGGCCUUCAGUCACAGCUCGGCUCUGGUGGGACACCUGCGCAUCCACAGCGGAGAGAGGCCUUAGGAGUGCGACGUGUGCGGGAAAGCUUUCAGUUACAGCUCACAUCUUCUGGGACACCGAAGAAUCCACACUGGAGAGAAGCCCUAUGAGUGUGACGUUUGCGGGAAAGCUUUCCGGCGGAGCUCACACCUCAUUGUACAUCAGCGAGUCCAUGCUGGAGAGAAGCCUUAGUGAUUGUCGGUACUGACCAGCAAUUCCGCAGAAGGCCAGAAAGGCACAGCCAGCAGAGGACACCACCAUGACAGUGGCGUGGGGAAUUCUGUGAUCACCACUGCACUUUUCACGGUCAUUAGAAAAGACUUCUAGAGGCUGAGACAGGUUAUCGCCUGACAGCUUAUCAAAAAAGCACAUCUUUCCACAUCUUAAACAUCCUUCUCUGAAGCAGUGGCUCAGGAAGCCUCAGUGAUCCACGAGAUAUGUAUCCGCAGUCGUAGAGAUGGCAGUGGUCUUGGAGACGGCUGUGUUCCUCUCCCUUCCCUUCUUCCCCCUAUUUUCUUGGGAGUUAGAGUAAUGAUCUUGCGUGAGGUGUGAAUUUAGAGUUAACAUCUCAUCUGCAUUUUAAAAAUCCUGAAUUUUAGAUCAGCUUGAUAAAAAGCAGCCUAUCAAUUAUCUACACUGAAAACAUUGUGCGCACAAAACCCACUCUGUAAUCUGGGAUGAACGACUCGUGUAGAUGGGAAAGUUCAGUGGGGCAAGAGGAUGGACGACGCACGUUCCAGUGUGACCUUUCACAUCUUCCACCAGAGGUGCCAAACAGGCCAGUGGGCUGUAUUUGGGAAAAAUCGUGUGUAUUUUUCCCACAUGGUAUUUUUUUUCAAUAAUAUGUAAAAUUAUUUCAAUUUUUUAAAGCUCUUUUUUUUUUUUAAGGUGUAUUUAUUUAGAGAGGGAGAGAGAAUUUCAAGCAGACUCUGCACUGAGCGCAGAGCCCAGUGCAGAGCUUGACCUCAUGACCCUGAGAUCAUGACUUGAGCCGAAAUCAAGAAUCAGACACCCAACUGACUGUACCACCCGGGUGCCCCAGUUAUCUCAACUUUUUAAAAAUCUGGCAAUUUCACAUAAAAUCUGACUUUCCGGAUUCUCUUUCAAAAAUACAUGUUGUGGCAACACUAGAGGGCAUAUUCCCACAAGGCAACAGUUGACUGGGACAGAUUAUCACUACUGUGUGUUUAGACCCAGUCCACUGCCACACAGCUUCCUGCGGUCUCCCGCCCCUCCCUCCCCCUACCUGUGUGAGCCCUCCCGUGCUCUAAGGGCUUCUCAGGUGUUUGUGGGUUCCAGGCCAACUUGCCACCAAGAGUUCCACCUUAAUUUUAUACACCGCCCCCCAAUAAGAUUUUCUGUGAAGAAAGGGCUUUCUAACAACAGCUUGAAGAUUUAGAUUAAAAAAAUAAAAGUGUGCACUUGUGCACGCAAAGGUAGAGGAAAGCCACUUUAAAUUUUUCCUUAGACAGAAUGUAUAGGUAAUUAUUGAAAGUCAGCUGUAAUAGCUUCAAGCCUAACCCAUGAAGACUAGUUCUUUGGGUGAGAUGAAGACACAACACCCGUGACAGGGUUGGACAUUAGUGUCAGAGUGAAAAGGCCUGGGGCGGAAAGCAGGGGUGCAGCUCAGAAAGAGAAGCUUUGAGAUUUGAAGCAUUCGGUGACAGGAGCAGCUGUGGGAAGGCUGUGGGAUGAGACCCAAAUGGGAGACUGGAGAGAGGUGAGAAGAAAAGGCUACAAAUACGGGAGGGUCUGGGAUAAACAGAGGGAAGGAGAAAGGCCAGAAAUGCCAGGAAACCAAAUUACAAACAGGAAGCCAAAGCAAAGGUAGUGAAAACAUUAAGUGAGUAAGCAUGAUUUAAAGAAAUGUGAGUGGAGGGACGCCUGGGUGGCCCCGUGAUUUAAGCCCAGGCCAGGUCAAGGAUCCUGGGAUUACGCCCCACAUUGGGCUCUCUGCUCAGUAGGGAAUCUGCUGCUCCCGCUCCCUCUGUGCUCUCUCUCUUGUUCUUGCUUUCUCUCAAGCUAAUAAAGCAAAUAAAAUAUUUAAAGGAAGAAAGGGAGGAAGGAAAAAAAAAAAAAGGAAGGAGGGAGCGGGAGGUUGAAAGGCUGGAGGUAGGAGCACUGAGUAUUAACUGACCCUCAAUUCUAUGCCAUGUGGGCCAGAUGCCUAACAUGAAAGACCCUCACCCAAAUCUGAGUUCACUGCUGUUUCUUUGUAUCACUGAGGACCCUGCCCCUGCAUGGGUCUCUGAGUGUUGGGACACAGGACACCUCUCUUUAGAUAUGGAACAUAUAUAUGUUCAAUCCUGCUCAGUCUGUCUGGACUGGCCUUCUUAACAAAAUCAGCCAAGCAGGAGGAUUCUCUCCCAGGAGCAAGAAUAUAUUUCUGGUGGGACCCCUGGGUGGCGCAGUCGAUCAAGUUUCCGACUUGAUUUUGGCUCAGGUUAUGAUAUCAGCCAUAAUACCAUGAAAUAUCAGGCUGAUACCAUUUCAAGUCAUGAAAUUGAGCCAAGCCUCGAGUCAGGUGCUGAGCGUGGAGCCAGCUUAACAUCCGCUCCCUCUGCCCCCAACCCCAACCCCCUGGCUGGCCCAUGUGCGCUCUCUGUCUCUCCCCUUCUCUAAAUAAAUUUUUUUUUUUUUAAAGAAGUCAUGCUUGGGGUGACUGGUUGGCUCAGUGGAUUAAACCUCUGCCUUCGGCUCAGGUCAUGAUCUCAGGGUCCUGGGAUCGAGGCCCACAUCAGGCUCCCUGCUCCCCCUCUCCCACUCUGCCUACUUGUGAUCUCUCUCUCUGUCAAAUAAAUAAAUAAAAUCUUUAAAAUUAAUUAAUUAAUUUAAAUAAAUAAAUAAAUAAAAAGAGUUCAUGCUUGGCCUCUUUGGGAAGCAUGUGAUUUACCCAUUCCUCCUAAAGAGGAAAGUGUGUUGUGAGAUAGAAAUACCCAUUAUAAAUUAAUUAAAUGAUGUAGCAAAAGGAAAGUUCUUUGCAAACUCUGACAAUCGUGGCUGCCAUUUGUUGAACACCAGUUGUGUCCAGCAUCAAGCAUGUUCCAUCUUGUGUAAACGUUCCAACUCAUUUGUAGGGUACUAUUUAUUAUCUCAAACAAUGUGUCAAUGUAAGCCUUAUGAAAGGCUUAUAACAAAUGAAAAGUUUUUAAUACAUUUAAAUAUUAAACAGCCUAUAAAAGUAUUUUUAGAAUAUAAUAACUAUGUAUAACAGAUUUAAAAUAGUGGAGGGCGCCUGGGUGGCUCAGUGGGUUAAGCCGCCGCUGCCUUCGGCUCAGGUCAUGAUCUCGGGGUCCUGGGAUCGAGUCCCGCAUCGGGCUCUCUGCUCGGCAGAGGGCCUGCUUCCCCCCACCCUCUCUCUGUCUACUUGUGAUCUCCCUCUGUCAAAUAAAUAAAUAAAAUCUUUAAAAUAAAAUAAAAUAGUGGAAGUUGGAAGUAAUAAAAUGUCAACAGUGUAUUUAGGUAAUGAAGAGGGAGUGAUUCUCACCUUUUCUAUUUACCUGUAUAUUCCAGUGGAAAAGUUAGAAUUCAUCAUAUGCAUAAAUAAAUACUUUUUAAAAAUUAAAAUACUACAGAAUUACUUGAAGCUUUCUGGAGAUGAUUCUUUGGUAGCCUUUUCAAUUAUUUCCUUUAGGACUGGUUUAUUUUAUGUUUUCUGCCUUUUUAAAAAAUAUUUUAUUUUUAAGUAGUCUCUACACCCAACGUGGGGCUUGAACUCACAGCCCCAAGAUCGAGAACUGGACUCUCCACCCACUGAGCCCGCCA